GAUUCGAUGGCACGCCUAGGUUUCUCGACAAUGCCACUUAUCUUGCAUCAACCCACGUUCGCAUUCGCUUUCAUCGGCAUAUCAUUUAUACUAAGACCAAUCAUGUCGGCAUAUCAUAUGCAUUUGAUCACCAGCAUGCGGUACUACCACUAUAAUGCUUCAUCCGUGGAACCAGUCGGAAACAAUCGUCUUUUUGCUGCAAGUUACAUGUACGGGAAGUGGAUACAUCAACCGUAGCCACCGACGCACUAAAUCGACGGGCUCGACGGGACGAGAAUCUGGGGAAUCUGGGAGGCCCACAGUGGGUGCUCCACUUCUCCUCGUGAUGAGAGAUGCGCCUAUGUUCGUCUUGAGGGUCCGACGGAACCACUCAAACUCUCUCUAUGGGAACCCCCAUCUGCUUCAUACUACGGACUUUCCUUUCGCUAUUGCUCUGUUUCUGUCAAUUUUGAUCAAGAUGGGCUGUGCUCCGAGUAAGUAAGUCACGUUGAGUGAGGUCCAAUAGAGUGCUUACUCCCUUCGUUUCACUACAUAUUGCUGAUAAAAGUCCACGCGCAUGAAUUAAUGGGUUCUCUUUCUUGGGUUAGUAUGUAUCCCAGAAAGUGGAUUUGACGCU